GGGCUUUCGCUGCGCGGCGGCGCCAGGUGCUCAAGGAGACCGUUUGGGCGCUUCCAAAAAUGUGUUCUACCUAAGCUUUUAUCCUGUCGUUUGUAACCGCAAUUCGGCUCCGAAAGCUUCGAAAUGCACCCCCCCUUCAUUUAAUCACGUCCCUGUCGCUUUAAAGCUCCAGACAAAACGACCCAUAUGAUUUUCCACCUCCAAUCAUCAUCACUCCCCCGGCCGAGAGUGCGAGCCCUUCUGCAUGCGGACAUGGCGAAAACGGACAGACGUCUGCACAGAAGAGCGCAGCGUGGACGUGAAUGACAGCUGUUCGCCUGAAAACGGAGCUCUGAAAUGCUAAAGAGGGGGAGACGGUACUCCUUCGAGGCAGAGACCACCGAAUCGCCAUGCUCAUAGUGGAGAAAACUGCUGAGCAUCCAUCUGCAGAGUUCUCCCUCGUUGAGGAUGUGGCCCUUCACUGCACCUUUUUAAUGGACAGGUUGAACAAUCAGCGUCUGUUUCAGCCAGACCUGUGUGACAUAGACAUCGUCCUCCUGCACCACCAGACUUCUUUCCAGGCCCAUAAGGGUGUCCUAGCAGCCUACAGCCCCUUCUUCCACUCGCUGUUUGCGUCGAGCAAAGAGCUGCGGCGCGUGGAGCUCUCUCUGGAGACCCUCAAGCCUCAAGGCCUGCAGCAGAUCCUCAACUUCAUCUACACCUCCAAGCUGCUGGUCUCCAGCUGCAAUGCCCAAGAUGUGCUCAAGGCUGCCACGGUGCUCCAGAUGAGCAACAUCGCCACUUCCUGCAGUGAGCUCAUUACCAGAGGCUCGCUGGACAUCAGUCCCAGUGUGGACCAAGCCAAACAGAGCUGGGGCAACAACAGCUCGGUGAGCUCCAGCUUUCACAUGGAGAUCAAGCAAGAGAAGGACCCCACCUGUGCCAGGAUUUAUGGAGGGAAAAGUGAAGCGAACCCGUAUGCUGUUCAGGUUGGCGAAGGGCGUCCCGUGCAAUUAGGCGGUUGCAAAGUAGAAGGGAAGGAAAUGGAAAAUCCAAAGGACUCUGAAGAUCUUGAUUCAUUUAAUAGAGAGCAAAUUAUUGUGGAGUUGAACCUGAACAACCAAACGCUUAAUGUGUCCAAAGGUUUAGAGGGAAACUCAGCAGCUCACUCACCCUCGGGACAACAGCUUCCUGGAAAAGGAAAGAGGAGCGAUGAGACCGUUGAGGAGACAAAAGACAGUCUGGCUUUGGAGGAGGAGGAAGAUGAAGGUGAGCAGAGUGACGAUGAUGACGUGAGACUUGAAGGCACCAGUGAAGAGGAAGGAGAGCAAACGUUACCUGCAUUCGUGUCUGAAAGACCAGUGCGACAAACCCGGGCCUCCGCUGAUGCUGCCGCGAUGGUCUCCAGGAGAAGCAGCGUGAGAGAGAGGCAGGAGACAGCUCAUGGACGGGACAGUGAGGAGCUUCUGGACCAGGACAGCUUGAAGUUGCAGAGCUUCACCUGUGUGAGGUGCCCCAAGACAUUCAACAACCGCUGGUACCUGGAGAAGCACAUGAAUGUAUCACAUAACCGCAUGCAUAUCUGUGACAAGUGCGGCAAACGCUUCCUCAUGGAGAGCGAGCUGCUGCUACAUCAGCAGACCGACUGUGAGAAGAGCAUACAGUGUCUAACGUGUGGUAAAGCUUUCAGGAAGCUCUGGUCGCUCCAUGAGCACAAUAAGAUUGUUCAUGGCUAUGCUGAGAAAAAGUACACUUGUGAGAUCUGUGAGAAGAAAUUCUACACGAUGGCUCAUGUACGCAAGCACAUGGUUGCCCACACAAAAGAGAUGCCAUUUACUUGUGAAACAUGUGGCAAGUCAUUUAAAAGGAGCAUGUCCCUGAAGGUCCAUUCCCUCCAGCAUUCAGGAGAGAAGCCUUUCCAGUGUGAGGUCUGCAGUGAGCGUUUUCAAUAUAAGUACCAACUGCGCUCUCACAUGAGCAUCCACAUCGGACACAAGCAGUUCAUGUGUCAGUGGUGUGGGAAAGACUUCAAUAUGAAACAGUAUUUCGAUGAGCACAUGAAGACACACACAGGAGAGAAACCGUAUAUUUGUGAGAUCUGCGGGAAGAGCUUCACGAGUCGUCCCAAUAUGAAGCGGCACCGGCGUACGCACACGGGAGAGAAGCCUUACCCCUGUGAAGCGUGCGGACAGCGUUUCCGCUUCUCCAAUAUGCUGAAAGCUCACCGAGAGAAGUGUUCCCAGGUCAGGAACCCUCCUCUGCUGGACUCCUCGGCUGUAACCAAUCAAACACAAGCUGCUGCAAACCAAGAACUGCCGGUCGGGAUGGAAACGCUGAGGGAUAUUAGCCCGCACCUGCACGGAGUGGUCUCUUUUCCAUCAUCUAUGCUGCACUCGGUGGACGGGGGUCCGUCACAUUCUCAGCUGCGUUCCCUUACUCCGCUCUACUCCGCUGGAAGGACAGACUCCAGGAACCUGUAACUACUGCUCUGUAUUAUACUACUGCUUCUGUGACGCAGAGAUACUUUUUAUGUAGCAAAGAGUCUGAGAUUUCAUGUUAGUCUUAUUUUCUUUUUUCACGUCAUACUCUCUAAUAUCCCUCCUGUUCCCGUAUCAAAUGUUGCCGGAGUCCUCCGUGCUGUGAUAAUCCCUAGUUAGGCUUAAAGUGUUGAUUAUAAUACUAAAACUAUUACCCAGAUGUAGAAUACUAAAUGUUAGACAUAUACGCUUUAUGUACAGUAUAAUAAGAGAAUAAUAAAUAGACAACAGCAUAUUCGGUUUAUAUAGCUUUCAGUUUACUUUUUAUUGGUUUAGAUGCUUUAUGUAAGAGUUUGUUUGUAAGCACUAUUUGUGUUUGGGUUGAUUAUAUAUAAGCGUAUUCAGAGACUGAUUAACGCAGGUGGGUGAUGGAAAUAUGCAGCCAGUAGAUUCAGUUUCUGGCACUUCGCUGAAUUGUUGGUGUUUCAUAAACAUUUGUUUAACUCUUA